UUCUUUUUCAUCUUCUCUCAUUUUUAAAGAAAAAACACUCUCUAGAGAGAGAACACCUUAUCACAUGCCUUUUUCUAGGCACAUGUAUGUCUCAUUGUUGUAGAACUACAAUUGACUUGAUCCCUACCAAAAAAUAUGUUAUGUAAGCAUCCCUUCAGUGGUCCAACCACAAUCAUUAAACCUCUUUUAUUUUCCAUCUAUCUAGUUCAAGCUCAACAUGAAGGCUUCUCAAAUCUGUCCAUUCCUAGCACAUCACCGAUUUCGGUUCAAACACUUAUUAUCAUUCUUUUUCUUUCACUUACUUUAGUUCGACCCGGGUCGGAUCGAAGAAUCUAAAAAAUAUCAUUUGAAAACUCGAGUCAGAUUGCGCGGUAACCGGGGAAUCAGGGAAGGAGUGACAUUCACAAUAAAUAAUAUCAAAGGAGGGAGAGCACAGGAGACGUGCCUACGCUCACUCACAGUAAUUGCCACACCCUAACUUCUCUGUCAAGUCAGGUUUAGAAAAUCUCUGCUUUAAUCUCUCUGUUCAUCUCUAUGCUCUGUUAUGAUAACUUAUGCUUGAAAAUGUGGAUGGGUUAUUAUAAGCACAAGAUACUCUGGUCCCGGUGGUUCAACAUUCAUCUAUGGUCAUCAAAUGAAAUCUAGUGAAUCUGCUAUCAUCCGUAUGUAAAACCUCUUGAGAAAGUAACCCUAAUAAAUUACGUAUUCUUGAUUCAAGGACUGUACUUAAAAAGGAACAUGCUUUUUGAUGGGUCUCCUCUUUCCUCAAAAAGGUCUCGCUUGUUCGUCAUGUAAUUCACGAGAGUUGAGCUGCCAUGCAUAAAACUUAACGUACACUAUUCUCUCAAGAUGGAGAAUAUACUAUUCCAGAAACCAUAUAAUAUACACAAGCUUUAGAUCGUCAUUUACUUUUGCUCUAAUCAGUUCUGCUAGGCUAAACUUUCGAACAGAAAAUGGGUGUAUUCCCUGGAUUUGGUAGCUGGAUCAAUCAGAACAGUCAACAGCCUCUUAAGGCCGAGUCCAAGAGAUCUGAAAAUGGCGAAUCUAAGUCGGCGUCAGAGAAAGACACUAACAAUGCUCCUGCUAAGAAGAAGGAGGAGGUGGUAUAUUAUGAUGAAAAAGAGGACACGAGACAAGGACUUUGGCAUGAAGCAGAGAAGAAGCAUCCAUGGCAUAAUCCACCUCCCAAGAUCAAGGUGACAAAUAAGAAGGGUCUUUACCAUAUGAACAUAGAAUUGACCGUGGGAAUGACUCCUAAUAUUGUCUACUACGUGUUGACUGAAAGCGAUCCGUUUUUCGAUAGGAAGAAGUGGCGCGACCUAAUGAAAAACACAUCAAGAAAGGUUUUGAAGAGAAUGGUCCGAGGCGGAUCGUCAUGGUAGAGAAAGCUGUGGCUUAUGACUUCCUUUCGCUGACGAUUAUAUCUAUCCCGAUACAUCUUACUAUGGAAGAAAACAGAAAAGAUCUUACG